CCGACAAGGUUGGGUGAAUUUUCCGGUGUUUGCUAAGUUAGGGGAGAAAAGGAAAAAAGUUUACUAAAUGCUAUGAGACGUUUGCGGUGCUGGACAACUUGGCAGAUGUGCUCUUGGGAAGCCCUGCUGCUGACGCGCAGAUGAUUUUGCCACCGUGGUGCUGGUGGUAAGCGGCGGUAUCGCCCCUGUGAGACAUUUAGCCUCCCUGCUCUGCAUUUCUGGAGUCCUUGGCAAAAGCGAAGUGGGGGGGGUGGGCAAGGGGGGGUGAAAUGUUCCGACGGGCCGACACGGCGAAGCGGCGUGUGAACCCGCCCCCGGCGGCGCGGGGGCGGGGCGCGGAGGUGGCGCGGGGGCGGAGCGUGGAGCUGGCACGGGGGCGGGGCGGGUACGGCUUCACGCUGUCGGGUCAGGCCCCCUGCGUGCUCAGCAGCGUGCUCAGAGGCAGCCCCGGCCGCCGCGCGGGCCUGAGGCCCGGAGACCGCGUCCUGAGCGUGAACCAGACCGACGUGUCCCGGGCCCCGCACGCCGACGUGGUGGAGCUGGUGGGCCGCUGCCACGCCGUCCUGCGCCUGGUGGUCGCCCCUGGCGACGGCCCGCCGGACUCCUGCUCCAGCGACGAGGAGCUGGGGUCGCCCCCGAGCAGAGCCGCCCGCUUCCGGCCCAAGAUGGACGCCAGGACGCUGGGCAUCAGCAGGGCGGAGAGGGUGGUGGCCGACAUGCAGGCCGGGGGCAUUUUCGGCAUGAUGCUGGAGAGCGCCGCUCACCCCCCCGCGGCCGCCGCUAAACCGCGACCGCGGUCUGAGCCGGACUUCCACCGCGCGCGGAGCGGCAGCGCUAAGAGCUACCGCGACUCGCUGGAGGAGGAGGAGGAGGCGGCCGGAGUCCUGAACGGCGACUCGGUGUUGGCGGGCGCGUUCGGGAGCCCCUGGCGGGGCGACUGUGCGCUGGACGAGCCGAACGUGGGCAUGGUCGUGGGCUACCUGGGCUCCAUCGAGCUGGCGUCGGCGGGGGCCAGCCUGGAGAGCGCCAGCCUGCAGGCCAUCCGCGGCUGCAUGCGGCGCCUGCGGGCCGAGCAGCGCGUCCACGCGCUGGUGAUGAUGAGGAUCGCGCGCGACGGCGUGCGGCUCUGCAGCGACCGCGGCGGCGUCCUCGCCACCUACCCCGCCGACAAGCUGGCCUUCAGCGCCGUCUGCCCCGACGACCGCCGCUUCUUCGGCCUGGUCACCAUGCAGGUGCCCGACGACGGCGGGCUGGCGCGGGCGGCAGGGGAGGAGGAGGAGGGGGGCCUCAGGACGUCCUGCCAUGUCUUCACCGUGGACCCCGAGCUGUGCCACCACACAGCCCACCAGGGCGUGGCCCGCCGCUUCGGUUUCGCCUGCACCCCCGACCCCGACACGGGCGGCUGCCUGGAGUUCCCCCCGACCUCGCAGCCCGUGCUGCAGUUCGUGUCGGUGCUGUACCGCGACAUGGGGGAGUCCAUCGAGGGCGUGCGGGCGCGGGCCUUUCUGGACGGGGACCUGGACGCGCAGCUGAACCACAGCACCAGCAGCAACAGCGACAGCGGCAUCGGCCACUUCCUGCCCGAGGAGCAGAGCGGCCGGGUCCUCCUGGUGGACCUGGGGGCCGGCCCGAACCGGCACGCCCCCGCGGCGGGGCCCCCCCACAACGGCUACCGCUACGACCCGGACACCAAGCGCCACCCCCCGGAGCCGCCGCCCCCCUACCCCGAUCCGUCUGCGCUCGGCGGCAGAGCACCCGGCCCCCCCAGGACAGAGCCCCCGGCCCCGCCCCCGGCCCCGCCCCCUCGGGCUCAUCCCUCGCGCGGGAAGAAGGCGGGCGGGGCCGAGGCUGGCCACAGCGGCGGCGGGCAGCGCUGGCUCCCGGUGCACGUCCUCAGAGACUGGCGCCGCGGGCGGGGCAGCGACCGGGACUCCUGCGCGGAGUCCACCGACGGCUGGUCCAGCGCCAACUGCAGCACCCUGCCCCCCCCCAUGAGCAAGAUCCCCGCGGACCGGUACCGCGCGGCGGGGGAGCCGGCCCAGCCCCCCCGGCCCGGCGCGCAGAAGGACGAGUGGGCCAGGAAGCUGUUCGGGGCGGACCGGGCCUUCAGAGAGAGGCUCCAGGGGAAGCACGGCAGGGAUGCCGAGAAGAAGGGCUCCAGGUUUCGGGGCGUCACCGUGGGGUUCCCCCAGCUGCCUCUGCGCUCCUCCGGGAGGCGGUCCUUCGGCCGGUCCAAACGCCUCAGCCUGGCCCGCUCUCUGGAUGACCUGGAGUCUGCAGCGGUCUCCGAUGGCGAGCUGAACAGCGGUGACCUGAAGGGCUGCGGCAGCGAGAACAGCCUGAGCAGCAACGCCAGCCUGCCCAGCGUGCAGAGCCACCGUCGCCAUGGCGAGCGCCGCGUCGCCAGCUGGGCCGCCUGCUUCGAGCGCCUCCUGCAGGACCCCGUGGGCGUGCGCUACUUCUCGGAGUUUCUGAAGAAGGAGUUCAGCGAGGAGAACAUUCUGUUCUGGCAGGCCUGCGAGUUCUUCAGCAGCGUCCCCGAGACCGACAAGAAGCAGCUGUCCCAGAGGGCGCGGGAGAUCUACAACAGCUUCCUGUCCAGCAAGGCCACCACGCCGGUCAACAUCGACAGCCAGGCCCAGCUGGCCGACGACAUCCUCAACGCCCCCCGCCCCGACAUGUUCAAGGAGCAGCAGCUGCAGAUCUUCAACCUGAUGAAGUUUGACAGCUACACCCGUUUCCUCAAGUCCUUCCUGUACCAGGAGUGCAUGCUGUCGGAGGUGGAGGGCCGCCCCCUGCCCGACCCCUACCACAUCCCCAGCAGCCCCGUCUCCAAGCACAGCACCAGCUCCGACCGCUCCAACCUGUCCACACCCAGAAAGGAGGAUAAGAAGUCCAAGUCCGGCCGGUCGCUGAACGAUGAGAGCAGGGACGAGCACGCGGACAAGAGGAAGGGGAUCUUCUUCUCCUGGUCCCGAAACCGGAGCUUCGGAAAAGGCCCCAAGAAGAAAGAGCUGACCGACUUCAAUUACAAUUUCGCGGGCAGUAACGGGCGCCGGGCGUCUCAGGGCUCUCUCUCCUCCGGGGCCAGUCUGGAGCUGGCCACCUGCAGCUCGGGCGGAAAGAACGAGGGGGACGUGUCCAGGCACUCCAUGUCGCUGCUGGACAGGGAGCGCGUUCUGAAAAACUGCACCAUCAACAUGCCGGACGGGUCCUGCUGUUCGCUGCCCCUCCGGCCCGGCCUGUCCGUACGGGAGGUGCUCCUGGGCCUGUGCGAGAAGCUGGGCAUCAACCUGGCCGCCGUCGACCUCUUCCUGGUCGGGGGAGAGAAGCCUCUGGUGAUGGACCAGGACUGCGUGACUCUGAGUGCACGGGACCUGAGAUUAGAGAAGCGCACUUUGUUCAGGUUAGACCUGGUGCCCAUCAACCGGUCCGUGGGGCUGAAGGCCAAGCCCACCAAACCCGUCACUGAGGUCCUGCGGCCCGUCGUGGCCAAAUACGGCCUCCACCUGGCGGACCUGGUCGCUACGGUGAGUGGAGAGAGCGAGCCGCUGGACCUGGGCCUGCCCAUCUCUAACCUGGACGGGCUGAGGGUGGUGCUGGACCUGGCCGACCACGCCCUGGGGAAAGACCCGCAGAAGCUCGCUGCAGCGAAAAGCCACCCACAGACAGCGACGGCACGAAGCCAGGCGGCCACAGGGGAUGAGAGCCAAUCAGGGAAGUGCUCUUCCAUGAAAGCCCGGGGAGAGAGCGCCAGGGACCCGCCCAAAUUCUCUCAGGACCAAUCAGUGCGUAAAGAGAGGAGAAAGCACAAACACAUUAAUAUAGACGAAGCCGAAGAGUUCUUCGAGCUCAUAUCCAAAGCUCAGAGCAACCGAGCUGACGACCAGCGGGGUCUGCUGAACAAGGACGACCUGGUGCUGCCGGACUUCCUGCGCCUGGCGCCCGAGCCGUCCUGCUCCACGCCCCGCCGCGGGAAAGAGAACGGGGGGGCGGGGGGGGCGCUCAACGCCGCCCACCACUCCCUCAGCCUGGACUCCGGCCCCCCCGGCCCCCCCGGCCCCUCUGGGCCACACCGCGACCGCCUGCCCUUCGCCCCGCCCCUCUCCCCCAUCCCCCGGAACGCGGACCCCCGGGCCCACCCCCCCUGGCCCAGGAGCGGCUCGGACUGGAGGGGCGAGAGCGUGCAGAUGGUGGAGGACGAGAGCCUGGGGGACUUGACUCUGGUGGGGGAGGGGGACAUCACCAGCCCCAACAGCACCCUGCUGCCCCCCUCCCCCCUGCCCGGCCUGCACCCGCACGGCCUGUCCCAGUCCCGCUACGCCCCCCCCCCCGGACAGCCGCGCCAACCCCCGCUCCAGCUCAGGUACAUCGGGAGUGUGACCCCGCCCCUCUGUGUGCCGUGUGCAGUGCUCUGAGCUGAAGACCGGCACCAGCUGUCCGUCUGACCCCUGACUCCGCCCCCCUGCGUGCCGUGUGCAGUGGUCUGAACUGAUCCCACCUCACUGACUCUGAUGCACUUUAUAUUCAACACUAAAUAGACUCUUUCCUGCUUCUUUUGUAUUUUUUCCCCUUCCCCUUCAAUCAUGAACCGAACUGUUUCAUGAAUUUGUGUGUUUCUGACAAUCAGCCGUGCCAGUUCAGCAGUGAACACACGCGUUGAGAGAGAUCUUUACGCGCUCGUAUGGCGCUGAGAUACCGCCGCCCCAGACGCGCGGACGCCUGGCGGGCCUGCAGCCGCGUGCGUGUGCCCCGCUCAAAGACCUCGCACCCGCGGCCGUCCUCGUGACGCUGGGGGGGUGACGGGGCGGAGGGCGUGGGGGGGGGUGACGCAGGCACCCAGCUUGUGAUCGGGCCCCGCCCCGCGUUUAUAAAAGCACCACGUCCUCGUCUCCCUGGGGAGAGAGCGGCGGUAAGCAGGCCUCCCGGGGACCAAACGCGCUUCCGCCGCGGCGGGUAACCACGGCGACCGGCCGAACAAAACUGGACUGCUCAAAGCCCCUUUUUUAAGUUUUAUUUUUUAAAGCAGGUUUCUCAAAUUACUUUUGUAAAUUAUGUCAGUUAUUUGGAAAAAAAAGUUGUUCUCAUAACGGUACUUGUAUUGUUCUAUUUUUUUGUGAAAAACAAGGUUUUAUUUUGUUUUGCCCCGCCUCCGCCCCCCCCCACCUUUCUGGUUCUUCAGUAAAACGCAAUUCAACAGUGUCUGUACACAGGUACACUCCAUUUCACCACCUUCUGUGGUCCCAUUACACCUUUUUACUUCCUAUUUUAUAUAUUUUAUUCUGUAAUAUAUUCCUGAGAAGGCAAAUAAUUUAUCCCUGUUAUUUUUAUUUACUGUUCAGCACUGCCCAGUGAAAAGUAAUAAUUAUGUACAUACAGUAGUUAUUUUUUAGGACUAAUGUCAUUGUUGAAUUGCAAGCCAUUUUCUCUCUGGAUAAUUCCCAUCUCCAGUAGAUGAGCUCUGCUGAUGAAUUCCAUGCCUGUGUGUGAUUAGAUUUAAUAAAUGUUAAAAGUCAAAUCACAAAUCUG